GCUGCCCACCAGCAAGCAAACCCGGGUUUAGAUGCUGCGUAGAUCUCCCCUCUCUUCCCUCCCGGCUCUCAAUUCUAGCCCUUAUUGGCCAAAAGUUUCCUCCCCCUCGGGGGAACUCGACUUUUUACUGGCCAGACUUCAGUGACGUCACACACUUCUUGGGCUGGAAACCAGGGAAGGCAGCAACAAGUUAAGCCGAAGACGGAAGGGGGAGCUGGCUCAGGUCAGCUGCUGAUCUUUGGAAGGUCAAGUCAGUCAGCCUUCCUGGGCUUUUUCCUCUCCCAUAACGUCAGGGUGUUGGACUGGAUGUAGCCCAGGGCCUUUCCAGCCCUCUGUGCCUUUGACCUUUCAAGGUCUGUUCAGUUUUCCACUGCCCGUGGCUCCCUGGAAGAGGCAGCUUCCCUGUGGCUGUUGGCAGGUGCUGCUUUGCAAGGUAAAUACUGCUCUGAAGAGCUGAGGCAUCAGGAUGAGAAGGCCUGGAACCAGCCUGGGCUCAGGGGGCUGCUGACCAGCCCUUGACCUUUGGAACCCAACCAAGACUGUCCUCCCCUGAAGGAACUGCGGUCCUUACGGUCCUUACGAGAGCCUUUCUUCGGAGGUGGCAGACACAGCGGCCUCAGGGACCUCAGCAGCUAUGGCCUCCUGCCCAGACUCAGAUAAUAGCUGGGUGCUUGCCGGUGCAGAGGGCCUGCCUGUGGAGACCCUGGGGCCAGAACCCGGGACAGACCCUGAAUCUGAGAGGGACCCCCAGAUGCCUCGACAAACCACCCAGGCAGAUGGUGCGGAAUUAGCUGGGGCCUUGGAUGGAGAAGAGAACUUCUUCCAGACGGAAAGACCCCAGGCUGGUCCCACUGUGCCGGAGGAGACUGAGGCCGAGACUGCUGUGGGCAGUGAUGGUCCUGGUGUGGAGCCCCCUGGCCCAGGGGACACAGAGCUCCAGGGAGACCUGCAGGAGACCCCCAUGGCAGCAAGCCUGGGCCCGGACAUGCGAGACCCGGAGGACCAGAGCACCCUGCAGAGCCCGCCCUCCACCCCUAAAACAGGUUGGAUUCGGGAGGAGGGCUGCUGCUCCACCAGUGAGGAUGACACCGACAUGGACGUGGAGGGCCUGCGGAGACGCUGGGGCCCCCAACUGAGCCCGCCUCCGACAGCAGCGCCCUUUGGUGUGGAGGACCAGGCCAGGGCUGGGGGUGCCGGUGGGGAGCUGGGCAUCUCGCUCAACAUGUGCCUCCUCGGGGCCCUGGUUCUGCUGGGCCUGGGCGUCCUCCUCUUCUCUGGUGGCCUCUCCGAGUUGGACACUGGGCCCGUGGAGGAGGCAGAGCUGCAGGUCUUCUCCGAUGCUGGCUCAGACGCUGAGUUGGUGGGUGCCGAGGCAGACGGGCAGGAUAGACUGAGGGAACAGCUGCAGGCCUCCGUUUCCGCUGACAGUGUCCCCAGCCUGCAGAACAUGGGCCUUCUGCUGGACAGGCUGGCCAAGGAGAACCAGGAUAUCCGGCUGCUGCAGGCCCAGCUGCAGGCCCAGAAAGAAGAGCUUCAGAGCCUGAUGCAGCAGCCCAAAGAGCUGGAGGAGGAGAACGCCCGGCUCAAGGGGGCCCUGCAGCAGGGCGAGGCCUCCCAGCAGGCCCUGGAGUCAGAGUUGCAGCAGCUGCGGACCCGGAUCCAGGCACUGGGGGCUGACUGCACCCAGGGCCCAGAUGGGGUGUGCCUCAGCUGGGGCCACAGCCCACAGGGCGGCAAGGCCACCAUGGAGCAGGACCCAGGGUCCAGCUUCCUAGAGGAGAAGGCACAGCUGGAGGCGGAGGCCCAGGUGCUGAGGAGGGAGCUGCAGAGACAGCGGCAGCUGCUGAACUCUGUGCAGCAGGACCUGCAGAGGAGCUUGCGGGACGCCGGCCGAGGGGACCCUGCCCACGCUGGCCUGGCCGAGCUGGGCCACAGACUGGCCCAGAUGCUGAAGGGCCUGCAGAACUGGGGCCUGGACCCUGGGGCCCUGGCCAAUGCCUCAGAGGCCUGGCAUCAGAAGCCCCAGAGAGCUGGCAAGGGGAAGUGGCAUGACGGGCAGAGGGAUGGGAAGGCUGAGCACUGGAAGCAUAGGAAAGAGUCUGGCUGGGAGAGGAGGAAGAGCUUUGGGGGCGAGGACAGGGAGCCGGCAGGGAGGUGGAAGGAGGACAAACCAGGAGGGGAAAAGUGGGGGGCGUGGAAGGAUGGGAAACAACAGGACCCCAAGGAACCCGCGUGGAAAAGUUCGAGUCACCACUCUGGAGAAAGGCAGGAGCAUUCCCAGGGAAGGGAGGGGCCUAAAGACAGUCAGGACUCGCUGCCCCACUGGGCGGAGCUGUUGAGGCGCAAGUACAGGGCACCCCAGGGCUGCUCGGGCGUGGCCGGGUGUGCCCGGCAGGAGGGCCUGGCCUUCUUCGGCACGGAGCUGGCCCCCGUGCGGCAGCAGGAGCUGGCCUCUCUGCUGAGGACAUACCUUGGGCAGCUUCCCUGGGCCGGGCAGCUGGCCAAGAAACUGCCCUUCUCUCCUGCCUACUUCGAUGAGGAUGGCGUCUUCCGACACGACCGCCUCCGCUUCCGGGAUUUCGUGGAUGCCUUGGAAGACAGCCUGGAGGAGGUGGCAGCGAGGUGGACAGGUGAUGAUGAUGAGGUAGAUGACUUUGAGGACUUCAUCUUCAGCCACCUCUUGGGAGACAAAGCACUGAAGAGGAGGUCAGGGAAGAGGGACAAGCACUUUCGGAGCCCCCGAGUCGUGGGGCCCAGGGAGGAGCACAGGCCCCAGCCCUACCACUGAGGCUGAGCCCAGCGCGUGGGCCCGGCCCAGCCCGGAGUACCUGACUCCUGGCUUCAGCGGACCAUGCGGCUGGCCUCUCAGGCUCAGCUGGUGUCCUUGGGUGUCCUUCACAGAGGAGAGCACAGCGCCCCGCCCUGCACUGAUACCACUCUAGAAAAGGCCUUAUCUGGACCUGCCUUCUGUCAAUCAAAUGCACAGGCUCUGGCCCCUGUGAGGGGGAUGGGAAGGCAGCCUGUUUUCAGGAGGAGGAGGGCAUUCGCAUUCGGAUUCCGAGAAAAGCCAGAGAGCUUUCACCCUGUUCUGCGUGCCUCUGCCCCACCCCUGACCCAGUGCCCCCUGGGACUGACUGAAUCGCUGGUGGGAGGCCCAGUGCCAGGGCUUGCUGUGGGGUUUUGUUGUAUUUGGAAGCAGCUGUCUCUAGGGGGUGAGGGCCUUUUCCCCCUGCUUCUCACGUGCCCUAACUCCCCCUGAGAACUGUGGGGUCAUGGCAGGGUUGUCUGACUUGGGGCCACCUCACCCUGCCACCCGGGUGGGCCUGGCACUCAGCUUUUCUCCCGCUCUCUCCCCUGGAUGCCUUCCCACCGAGCCCAGGCCCCCCGGGCUGGAGCUUCACCUCAUGCUCACCGCUCUAGUGCCUUCGCCCUGGGAGAGGUAAGGGCCCUGGCUUUGGAGUCUGACCUUAGGCCUGACUCUGGGCUGAGUGAUCUUGGGCAAAUUAAUCUCUGUGAACCUUGGGCUCCUCAUCCUCAAAAAGGGGGUUGAAGGGCUGAGAAAGAGAUUAAAUAAAGUGAUGGCUGCCCUGGUUUUAGCA